UUUCCUAAAAAACGACACUGACAACUCUCUUCAUGCUACUCUGCAUGCUCUUCUAGUACGCAAAAUACCCUGCUGACUAGUUGCGAAUUGCUACAAAAUGCAGUCCGGUUGUGCCAAGCUUGUAGAUCCUAUUGAUUUAGAGUAUUUCCUACCAGAGAACAAAGUGGAGGUAUUUUCAUAUAUUAAGUCUAACCCUUCCAGAAGAAAGCAGAAAAAUGUCCUCCAGAUAUAUUUUUCAGUUUGGAAACCAAUCCUAUUACUGAUGGUUCCGCGUACAUUGAAGUAGGUGAAAUUAAAGUCUCAUGUUCUGUCAAUGGUCCUACUGAGGUAUACUAGUCACGUAUUGCGAGCAGUUAAUAUGAUUCUGAUAUAGAUGCGCCAAGACAGCCAGUUGGUUGCAGUGCUUAAGUUUGCGCCUUUCUUGUCCUGGUUACCGAAAGAUGUUCAAGCGUCUAUUGAAAAAAAGCUUAGUCGACUUCUUCUUAGCGCUAUUGAACCUUCGGUCAUGCUUCACCAAUUCCCAAGAGGUAAAUAUGAAAUAGUGACGAACAUCCUGGAUAUACCUUCAUAUAAUUCCAGUGGAUUAAUAGGAAACUGUCUAGCUGCUGCCAUUACAUGUGCAGGUUUAGCUCUGCUAAACUCAGGUGUUCAGAUGUACGAUCUUCUAGUAGGAUUAAAUUUGGAUCUCUCUGCUCUUGGUAAUGAAAAUGGACACCUUUGUGUUGCUGUUUUACCUCGUCUUCGUCAGUUCUCUAUGCUUUAUGCAGUGGAUUCAUGCAUGCCUAACACUGAGUUUCUCAAAAAUUCUUUAACUCACGCUAUGGACAAUUGUAUUAAACUUGCAGAUGUAAUCCGAAGCCAUCUCUGUGGACAGCUUAAAACUAAAAUAAAGUAAAUAUUUACGG